AGUAAAGUGUGGGAGCAGCACGAGGGUUCCUCACUUGUAAAGAAGACACCGAGGUGCCAGUACCACUGCCGCUCUCACCUCCGCUACAACACCACACACACACGACGCAAGAUGACUCGUCAGAUGAUCGGUGCCUCCCUGUUGGUGCUGCUAGUCACCUCCCUCAUCGCCACUACCUUCGGCGCCUCCGUCGAGGCACAGGAGGAGGCGCGCAAGUUCGCUGCGAAACCCAACGACAUUAAGAAACAGCAACAGCUCCAACAGCAGGCUAAUGUUAAGCAGGUGAAGCAGCAACAGCAGCAGCAGCAACAGCAGCCUAGCGACGGAGGGUUCAAAUGGGGUAACCUAGUGGGGUUGAUCAUGCAGCUUUUCAUCGGAGGACCUCAUGCAGGACCCCAUGCAGCCUCAGACAAGAUGGACUACAUCACACAGCUCACGAGUGGAGAGUUCUCCUGGUCAAGAGUGUUCUCCCUGGGAGUGCAGAUGCUGCUGAGUCUGCUGGGAGGAGAUAACUCUGCCAUAGACAAGAUGGACGGUGCAUCUCCGGUUGAGAGCAUCCUUACCGCAGUGAUCUCCUACCUGACCGGCUCCAACGACCCUCAAGAAGUAGGAGUGAUGGCCAAGCAAGCCUCAGAGCUCUUCGGCCUGGUGGUCACACUUCUGGACGCCCUCCGCACCAGUUUCUCCCAGAGGUCCUUCGAAGCUCGCAGUCUUGGUUCCUCGGAUCCCCUUGCUGACGCCGCCGUCGCCGCCACCACCAUGCUGAAGAGCUACAUCAAGACCUACGAGACUGAGGACGAUGUCUGCAUGCAGAAGUUCCUGUGCGAGGCCAACUCUGACUGUGUCUACGGCACCGGCGACACUGGUUACCUCUUCUGCCAGAUGGGAACGUACGGCAUGAGCUACAUCCUAGAGCGCUCUACCUACACUCCCUUCGAGAUCUACAACGACGCCGGCAGGAGGGGACGCGUCGGAGAGAACUGUCAGGAGAUCUUUAACGAGUGCAACUUCUAAACUAACCUCUUCUUCCGCUAGUUCAAGACGACCGUGACUACCGGAGAUUCGGGCUUCGGACACAGACCAAAAUCGACGCCACAACAGCAGCUUCUGCCGUCACUUUCCUCACAAGAUCAGUGCUUGGCUUCAUUGUCUGCCCACUUUCUCAAAAAAACAUCAGUAUAUGGCUUUAUGACUGACCAACGCUAGUAGUACCCUUUUUAUUUGAUUUUACAGCAGUGAUUGCCAAGCUGCAGUGUGUUAAUUCUAUAUAGAGUGGAGCUUAAAGUUCCAUGUGACAGAGGCAUAGACUGUUGCUAGACGUGCAGUGUCCCCCAACACACCGACACUGAAGACCAACGACUAACUACUAGCUCUCACAGUUACGACAGCAUUAUGACUACCGGCGGACUCCUUAUUUCUAGAGAAUGUAACUUAUAUGACAUAAAUGUUAACUAUAUAUUUAUUUAUAUAUAUUUAUUUAUUUUAUUUUUUAUUUUGUUUUCCCCGUUUAGAAAGAUAGGAAAUAGGAGAGUUAUCGUCUUAGUUUAGAUUAUUUAUUGGUAAAUUAUCGUAGGUCCAGCUGCAUGAUUAAUACACUCAGGUCUACAAUACCUACAAGUUGAAUAAUUAGACAUAUGUGCUACAUCUGGCUAUCUUUAUUGUAAACGUUUCACCAUCCAGUGGCUUCAUCAAUACAAAUUCAAGGACAUAGUGGGAAGCUGUAGAACUGUAUACAAAAUGUGAGGUAAUCUGUCCCUCAGCUGAGGGACAGAUUACCUCGUCUUUUGUAUAGAGUUCAACAGUCUUCUCAUUAUGUCCUUUAAUGCUUCCCCUUUAAUAAUAAUAAU